UAACAUCAUUGAUGCUAAGAGAGCUCUACGUGAAAUCAAGCUUCUCAGGCACAUGGAUCAUGAGAACGUCAUAGCCAUCAAAGAUAUUGUAAGACCUCCACAACGUGAUAUCUUCAACGAUGUUUACAUUGUCUAUGAGUUAAUGGACACUGAUCUCCAGCGUAUCCUCCGUUCUAAGCAAACCUUAAGCCACGACCAGUGCCGCUUCUUUGUGUACCAGCUCUUAAGAGGGCUUAAGUACGUGCACUCAGCCAACAUAUUACAUCGUGAUUUAAGGCCAAGCAACGUGCUGCUUAACUCCAAACACGAGCUAAAGAUUGGUGAUUUUGGGCUUGCGAGAACAACUUCAGACACAGACUUCAUGACCGAGUAUGUGGUUACCCGUUGGUACAGAGCUCCUGAGCUGCUUCUUAACUGCUCGGAGUACACUGCAGCUAUCGAUAUAUGGUCUGUUGGUUGCAUAUUCGGUGAAAUCAUGACGGGACAACCGUUGUUUCCUGGGAAAGACUAUGUUCAUCAGCUUAGGCUCAUCACAGAGCUUGUAGGCUCUCCAGACAACUCCAGUCUCGGUUUCCUUCGCAGUGACAACGCGAGAAGAUACGUGAGGCAACUUCCACGAUACCCUAAACAAGAGUUUGCUGCUAGAUUCCCCAAAAUGCCCCCUACCGCUAUUGAUUUGCUGGAGAGAAUGCUCGUCUUUGAUCCAAACCGACGUAUCUCAGUUGAUGAAGCUCUCGGCCAUGCAUACUUAUCACCACACCACGAUGUGGCAAAAGAACCUGUAUGUCCAACUCCUUUUAGCUUCGACUUCGAGCAUCCUUCAUGCACGGAAGAACACAUAAAAGAGCUUAUCUACAAGGAGUCUGUCAAAUUCAAUCCUGACCAUUGAGGAGACAACAACAAAAUGAGCAUGUUUGAUGAUGAUGAUCCCUUUUCAAAUCUCUCUGUUUUUCUUUAUCACAAGUUCUUUGUAAACUCAUUUUUAUUUUGGUUGAAUAAAUGCUAUAAUGAUGAGACACAUACAUUUACUAUCUAUCUCUAUAUAUUAAACCAUUGCAGAAUUCGAUUCUUA